AUGGCCCAUGUCUUCUUCGUCGGCGGCACAGGACACAUCGGUGGCGCUGUGCUUGACCAGCUUCUCCAAAAGUAUGCGCACACGAAAGUAAAAGUCUUGGUGCGAGAUGAGGCCAAGGCCGCGCGUCUGGGCACAGUCUACCCACAGGUUGAAUGCGUCGUCGGCGACGCGGGAGACCUCGAGGUUCUCGAAAAGUGUAGCCAGGCAGCCGAUAUCGUCGUCAACACGGCUCCGGAUAUCACGCACGACGAGGGAAUCAGGGCGAUCCUCUCGGGGUUGAAAGCGCGAGGCGAGACUAUCAACAACGAUAAACCAUGCUAUAUCCACACGUCGGGCGCAUCUCUUGUCUGGGACGAGCCCACAGGCUCCAAGGACGCCCGCUGGUGGGACGAUAUCGUCGACAUACAAGACAUUUGUGCGUUCAAGGGGGCCGCCCACACGCACGCCGUGACCGACAAGAUCGUGCGAGACGCGGCCCCGUAUGUCAACGUGGCCAUCAUCUCGCCGGGGUUCGUUGGCGGCAUGAGUCCCUCCAUUGAGCACCCGACACCGAUCACGAUGCCCGCCAUUCUGCUCACCGCCCGUGCUUUCAAGUCGGGCUGGCAAAUCGCCGGGGGACAAAACACCCACGCCUGGGUCCACGUCUUGGACCUCGCAAGGAUGUAUAUGAUCCUCAUUGGAAAGGCCGUUGACGGUGUGUGCGAGUCUGAACCAUUUCCCAUCUGGGGUCCAGAUGCCUACUAUUUUGGCACCAGCGAGGACAUCUCGUUCGGAACGUUCAUGAAACAUCUUGUGCAUAUUCUCAAGAAGCAAAGGGUCAUUGAGAGCACCAAGAUGAAGUCGGUCAGCGUGGCUGAAGCGGCGAGGGCCAGCAUCGCUGGGAGCGACUACAACCCCAACACCCCGCCGCCCCCGCUGGACACCUGGGCCCUGCACAUUGCCAUUAUGUAUGGGAUCAACAUGCGUAUCGGCGCGUCGAGAAUGAAGAGGCUAGGCUGGAAUGCAGAGAUGGGCACCAUCGUCGAUAGUUUUCCGCAAGUAGUUGCCGAGCACUUGAAGCGGGAGAAGUUGAGCGACAGGAACUAG